GCUUUAUUCAGUUAUUGAAAGAUCAAGGAAUAUCCUGCAUUGAGACCGGACCAAAACCUUUGCUAAGAAAGACAGAACAAGGGGAAGUAUCAUUGGUGGACAAGUAGCACGCUGGUUCGUGAAUUCUAAGGAACACCUGAGACAUCAACCUGAAGUUCGAGAUUAUACUGCAUCAGUAAAAACGGACGCGUUUAAUUGAAUCUUAAAUGAAGCAUGAAUUAACAGGCCGAAAAUUCCGGAUUCUGGAUAUGGAGAUUACAACAGUUUUGUUGAUGAUUGGCAUCACCUAUGUUAUCGGAGUGCAGGAAUUGGAACAAUCAGGAGAUGAGGACACAUUUAUGUUUCCAGAUGGGGAAUAUGAAAAGGCAAUAUUGAUACCAUCAGAAUUGAUAACCAUGGACAUGCCACAAAGAGUUAAUAAUCACGAAGUUAGGAGUAGGAAAGUGCGACUCAUUCCAGAGGGAAAGGAUGUAACCAAGAGAUAUUAUCAGAAUCCUGGUGGGCAAUUCAAGUAUAGGGUGGUUUUCUCUUUUGGGAGGGUAAAUCAUAGUUCAAAUAUUGGGAGAUUGGCAAUAACGCAUGGUGCACAGGGAAUAUUGCCAGAAUCACUACAACCAUUCAUGAUGGCAACAAUAUAUGUCAAUGAUACUGGUUAUUGGCUGGGAGAAGAGUCUGACUUGCCAAAUACGGGUGAGCAGAAAGGUAUUCAAUAUGGAGUAUUUAGUGACUACUUAAGGGAAGGAGAAUAUUUGUUUGUAUGUGGCAUAUAUUGGCAUGACAAUAUGCACCCGAUGUUCACUCCAAAAAAUAUUAACCUGGCUUAUAGAAGGACAAGCCUUGGGGAAGCCAAAGACAUUGAUAUGUCAAUUCAACAUGGUGGAAAUUAUCUUAUCGGUACUAUGUCCAAAUCAUAUAAAUCUUAUAGGGAGAUGGUCGGUCACUGGACAUGUGGUACACGUGAAAUAGAGAUUGGGGGUAUGCAUAUUGUUGAUGCCACUCCAGAUAAUAUUAAGCCAUGCACAAACAAAGAUUCUGAGAAUACUCAAAAGGCCUUACAACUACAAGAAGGACAACCCUUUCAAGUUAACCUAGACUCUGCCCAGACAAUGGCUAGUGGUGUUCAAUAUGCGUUUAUCACAUGGCGGUUUAAUAUUUCUCUAUGGUUAAUUAAAACCCACUAUCCAAUAUGUACAGGACAUACAAUGAAUCAGGUGCGUUCCCUCUAUCAAUGGUUGAUUUCCAAAAACACUAGGGCUCGUCAUCAUUUGAGGAAUGGGAAGAGCAGAGGAAAAAGGGAUAUGGUCGACACAAUAUUGGGUGGCGUAGGAGCUGGAAUGGGAAUCAUUAAUCAGGCAGAUAUUAGCGUCUUAAAAACCAAACUUGCAGCCAUAGCAUCUAACAGUAAAAACGGGUUUGAGGUACAAAGGGAAAUUAAUCAAAUAAUCAGUAACCUACAGCAGGGGCAUAUAGACACUAGCAUUGGGGUAGCAACAGACGUUAUUCAACAUUUCAAGAUGUUCGUGGAAAAUAUGCAGGCUGAUGGGAGGAACAUAUCCUGGGCUCUGGCCUGUACACAAGGGCAGGUGGAACUAUCAACUAAUAUAAAAUUGGCGAUUCAAACCUUGUAUAAUGGGCAAUGGCCAUAUGAAUUAAUAUCUCAGGCCACUGCUGCAUUACCAGAGCUCCUCACUUUCACACACUCCAAAUGGUGGGCGAGUGCUUGGAUUGGAUGUAUUAAUCAUAACUUGGAAACGUGUUAUGCCUCUUCCCUGAUUCCAUACACAAGCUCCCCGUUAGAGGUAGUGUAUAAGGUCACUUCAAUUGGUAUUCUUACUGGAGGAUCCACACUACUACAUCCAAGAUUAGACCAUCCUCAUGUAAUCAGGAAGGAUGGGGUGUGGAAGCAGGUUGAUAUUUCCCUCUGCUUACAUAGAAAUCAGGAUAUAUUGUGUACACCAGGCCAGGAUAGGUUGGUGGAGGACAAGUGUUGGAACAACUCGUCGGUUUGUGUUCUGGAUGGGGAGUUUAUUACAAAAGAUAAGACACCAGUCACAUACCUAGGACAUCAGAGAAUCUGUUUCUUUCUAUUAAACAUCACCAAUGUAACUCUGAUCACAAGUCAAUGUUCAAUAACAACAGCUGUGGAUAAGGGUGCAUGGUGCACGCUUGGUAAUGUCACGGAAAUCCAGACACCAAGUUGGAGAUAUGUGUUUCCCACCAUUGCAAACUUAUCUAUUGAUAUUGAAUAUCAUAACCCUGUCAAUCUUCAAGCAUUAAAUUUGGGAAUGGGGAAAGAGCUGCAUGAUUGGCUGAUCAGAUUUGAUCAAGAUGAAUAUUUGCUUAGAAAGCUACGGCAAGAAGGAGCUAAUGCUACAAUCGUUAUACACCAUGACCAGAAAGAGCUAAAACAUAUUACUCAUCUGUUAGAAAAUAAUGCUAAGGGUUAUUGGUGGGAGGUUAUAUUUGGGCAUUCAAGUGCAGCCAAUGGAAUCUUAAAUUUCUUAAUCCAUCCGAUUGUGGUAUUGCUCAUUGUUGCUGUAGUUUUAUCCUUAUUGCAAAUUUACAUGUGUUGUAUGACACGGUAUCUAUAUAAAAGGCUCCAGGCCCUAUCCAUGGAAAUAGAAAUACAAACUAAAUAUAAAAUUGCAUCAUGCGAAUUAGAUGUACCAAAGAGCCUGGAGGAACAUCUUUUAAAAUGUGACAACUGUGGCAGACAAGGACAUAGCAGGGGAAAGUGCCUGAUCCCUGAACGAUACAACAGAUUGUAAUCAGAAAAUGAAUGUUUAGUUACAUCAUGCAUGAAAUACUUGAAUUAUAUUUUCAUGGUGUGCUUAGUAUAGAUGAUAUAUGUAUUUUGAUUUUGUUGAUAAGUAUGUGAAUAUAUUGAUGAUUCAAAUGUUAAUGACUUCCUCAAUGUCCUAAUAAGAGUGUAACAAGAUUUAUUGGAAUGAAUGGAAAGUGAUGAAUGGUGAGCGGCAGGAUUCACCCUUACUCUAUUCGGAUGAUGAUGGACCGCAAGGUUGAAGAGAACUAUGGACUGUAAAGUGGUCAUCAAUGGUGUGUCAUUCAGACACAAAGGGGCAUAUGUUGGAAGUCAACAUGAGUUUGAUACAAGUUGAUACACUUUGAUAGACUUGGAUGUGUUGAUGGGGGAGCAAUGGACUACUGUCAUCCUGGUGUAAAUAGCAAUGUCAAUAGGCCUAACAUCUGAAUAAGCCUGAACAUCUUGUUUUCAUCCUGUCGUAAACAGCAUCUGUCAUAAAAGCUGCAACAAUAGCAAUGUGAAUAAGCUUGACAUCUGAGUGAUAAGAAUGGAAAUGAGAUAGGGUUCCUGUUUCCCCUGUCCUGAUGACUUGAAACCAGCCCCUGCGGUGUUAUACACAAUGGACUGCGCAUUUGUAAUGGUGUAGGCAUCCUGUCGGCCCUAAAAGGUCUGAUUCUCAAGGAAGUUUGGACGGACAGCUGUUGACAUAGCUGAAACAAUAUGCCAUGCCUCAGGCCCAAGGCAAACUAAAAGGACACCAGCGCCAUCCGCAGGAAGGUGGCAGUUACUGCAUCAAUAUGAAGGAGUGGACUCAGAUCAGAUUACUGCAAGUUCAUUGGACGAAUGGUAAUGAAGAAGGCCGGAAGAUACUGGAGUAAGGGGUGGAAUUGUGGGCGUGAAUGUGGUUCGAUUUGAUAUAUAAUAUACACUAGAUCAAUGAUAGUUAGAUAUAGUUAGAUAUGUAUUGAUUGUUAGGAAGCUAGUACUAGUAUGUUUAUAUUCUUUUCAAGUAUAGGACAUUGAAGGAAGGUUUGCUUUAUACUCUGUUAUCCAUUUAUCUUGUAACCUUUUACCUUACUUUUAUUAAUUAAAUAAGCCAUUGCUUAAAUCCGGAUUCCUCAUCUUUCAAAGACAUACAAGGAUAGUCAGCAG